CCAAAGCCUCUCUCCCUCCCCCAACAUCCACUGCUCGCCCCAACCCCCCCGCAUCCCUGGGAAGGAAAUGGCUGCUCGGUACGGAUCGCUGUCGAGGUCGCUGAUCCAGGCCGCGAGGUCCUCCACGCUCCGCUCGUCCUCCUCGUCCCUCCCCCGCGUGCGGCCUUCUCGCGUCCCCCGCCCCCCGUCUCGCCCUCCUCUCUUCACCAACCCGAGGAAUUUGGGGCAGCUGGGAUGCGUCCAGUCGCUGAUGCCGCUCCACAGCACGCUGGCUUCGUCCCGGCUCACCUCCCACAUCUCGCUCGAAGCGCGCGCCUACUGCGAGCUGUCUCAGGGUACUUGAAGACACCUCUAAAUUAGCACAGGAGGUGCUAAGCCAUAUGGAUCCUGAAGUAUACUUUCUGGGGGGCUACUUUCAAAAGUAGAAUGCAUCGUGUGACUCUCUUGACAAGCAUUUUUCUGUUUCAAUUUUAGUUUAUUGUAGAAAAUACUUUGGAAUGCUUUAGAACUAGGUAGGUUCAAGUUCAACCAGUUAACCUUUAGUCAUUUUUCCAUCUUCCUUAAUUUAUGCUCAUAAAUUGUCGGAGUUUCAGAAACAAAUAGUUCCUGAGUUGGGCAUCUUGGAAUUUCAGUAAAUUUAUUUCUUUCCAA